CCUCCUCCUUCCUUGACUAUAUUUUGUCUGCUGUAGCCAUGGUAACCUUGGUUGAAAAUGGCAACUUCCACAGGGAGUAGUAAAAUUUCAAGAAUUUACCGGCUUUCAAGAAUAUUAUUAGUUAAACGCGCUAUUUUCCCUCUACACCGAGACAAUGUAUCAAUCUAUGGCUCAAGGACGAAACCUUUGGAAAAUACUGGUUAUUUUUCUCGUUAUAGCUUUAUUAGAACAAAUAUUUUAGACCCAAACCGCUCCGUGAUCCCUGUAAAUCAUUCUUGUAAUUUCAGUACCACUGCAAUAUGUUUGAAACAGCGAAGAACCAACGAUGAUAAAAAAAAAGGGCUUGCACCACAAUCACUUAAAACCAUCAAAAUGCUAAACAAAGCAGAAAUGAAGAUGAUUAAAAUCUGGAAGAACAUGUCUGUUCUGCAGUUAGCAAGUGCCAUGGAUAAAGAUUUAGAUCACAUUUUUGAGGUCAUGAUUUAUGUUGAUAAUUCUGCUGACUAUGAUCAACCGUGGAAGUGUAUAGACAACAUUAAAGUGAUCCAGGAAAUUGUCAAGAAAAGUGGCAUGCGCUGCACAAUAACUGCAGAGCCAACCAUUGAAACACACAAUAAAGAAAUCAAGGAUGCUGUGAGAAGGCCACCAGCCAAAACAAGUGAUUGUGUGCCACGUCAUCCCGUUGUAACAAUCAUGGGCCACGUUGAUCACGGAAAGACUACACUUUUGGAUUCUUUAAGACAUACGCGAGUCGUAGACGGCGAGUUUGGCGGCAUCACCCAACAUAUAGGAGCCUUUGAAGUGUGCCUUGAUAAUGGUGAAAUGAUCACUUUUCUUGAUACGCCUGGUCACGCAGCUUUUACGGCAAUGCGAUCUCGGGGUGCCCACGUCACAGAUAUCGUGGUAUUAGUCGUGGCAGCUGAUGAUGGUGUCAUGGAACAAACUAGAGAGUCCAUUAGACUGGCAAAUGAAGCUAAAGUUCCAAUCAUCGUAGCCAUCAAUAAGGUUGAUAAACGUGAAGCGGAUAUUGCGAGAACUAAAAAUAUGCUAAUGGCUCAAGGUCUAGUCUUAGAGGAAGCGGGUGGAGAUGUACAAACAGUAGCAGUGUCAGCACUUAAAGGUACUGGCCUUCAAGAGUUGAUCGAAACUAUCAACACGCAAGCAACAUUACUCGACCUAAAGGCAGAUCCAAAAGGCCUGGUCGAAGCCACAGUAAUAGAAUCAAGAACGGACCCUUUUCGGGGGAAGCUCUCGACUGCCAUCAUUCAAAGAGGGACUCUACGGAAAGGGUCUAUCCUCGUAGCCGGUACAGCUUGGGCCAAAGUAAGAUCCAUGUUUGAUGACCAAGGCAAACCUAUUCAGCAGGCCCCCCCUUCUACGCCAGUCGAAAUCGUUGGUUGGAAAGAUUUGCCAAGUGCGGGUGAUGAAAUUUUUGAAGUUGAAACAGAAAGGCGAGCCCACGAAGUUAUUUCAUUUCGCCAAUCGCUGAAAUCGAAAGAAAAAUUGGAUGACGAUUUAGUUGUCAUUCAACAGAAAGUGGAAGAACAUUUAAAAGAUUACAAAGUCAAGCUUGGGGAAAAGCAGCGAAUGGGUAAGAUGAGAUACAAAAUUAGAGGGAUUCGGCCGCGAGCUACUAAGGAAAUAUCCGCAGGCCCCAAAUUAUCGAUUAUCAUCAAAGGUGAUGUGGACGGCUCUGUAGAGGCUUUGCUUGAUGUCCUUGACUCUUACCAAUCGGAGAAGUGUACACUGGAUCUCAUCCAUUACGGUGUCGGACCCAUCACCGAGAGUGACAUCAAACUAGCUGAGCCUUUCAAUGCGAUCGUCUAUGCCUUUAACACUGGCGUAGCGCAGCCAAAUGUGCGGCAACUUGCCAAGUUGCAAAAAGUCCAAAUCAAAGAUUACAAUAUCAUUUAUCGACUAUUUGAUGACCUGCGUAGCGAAAUGGAGAAACUCUUGCCGCCCACCGAAGCCGAGGAAAUUAUUGGUGAAGCCAACGUCCUCCAAGAAUUCAUUGUCACAGAAGGAAGACAUAAAUUACCUGUGGCGGGAUGUCGUUGUGUCAAAGGAAUGUUGAAAAAAGCUGCAUUCUUCCGUUUGAUCCGGGGCGAAGAUUCCAUCUAUGAAGGUCGAGCUGCUUCCAUAAAGCACCUCAAAAACGAAGUUGACACCAUUAAAAAAGACGUCGAAUGUGGAAUAAGACUUGACGACGCAAGUCUACAAUUUCGUCCUGGUGACAAACUCGUCUGUUAUGAAAUGAAAGAAGUUCCUCAAACUAUCGACUGGGAUCCGGGCUUUUGAAACAUGAAACCAGACCUGUAGAGACCUAAUGCAAUACACACUGUACAGUCUUGCAAAAAAAAUUUACCGAGUCAGCACCACUCGAGUUUUCAUUCUCAAUAGCUUCCCAGGAUACUUGAACAAUUUGCGUAAACAUGAGCUGACAAACGAGUAGGUACGUGACUUGGUCUAUACCUUAUUCCAG